AUGGGAUAGAGUUGUAUAAAAAAAAAAAUAAUAGAAAAUGAAGAAGAAUUAGAAUGCAAAUUGCAUAUUAUUUAACCAAUUAGUCAUAGUAAUUAAAUUAAAAGACCAAUAUAUGAAAUAUGUUAAAUAAAAGGAAGAGAAGAAACAAAAGAUGAUGUUGAUGAUUUUGAUUUAGAAACAAAAAAAUCUUAAUAAAGUAAGGUUUAAGGCAUUUACAGUUCUCAGCCAAAUUUCUCUUUGUGUGUGAAAUAAUAAAAAUAAUUGAUAAAAAAUUAAUUAAAAUCCCUUGGUGCAGACGUGUCAUAAAUUUUUAAUCCUAAAGAAUAAAAAUUAGUACGCUCUGAUCGAGAAAGUAGGGCGAAAGAAUCUAAUACUCAUUUAAUUUAAAUUGCAAGAGAUAAUAAAAGAAAUAAUACAUUUCAUUCAAAUAACAGUGUUGAUAACAGCCGAUCACCACUUUAAUUAUCUUUGAAAUAAUAGAAUCAUACGUUUGACUCAAUCAGAGAUGAAAUUAAAUCUGUUAGAUUUAUGAAAACUACAAAUUAAAUACAAUUAAAUCAUGGUAUAUUAAAAUAAAAAAAAGGAAAAGCCAAAUCUAUGUAUUACAAAAGAACUGUUAGAUUUUAAUUUUGA